AAUUUACCGGCAGUAUUGAAUGAUCCUAGGGGACGCCGAGAAACGGACUUUUUUACUAAAACGUGGGGUGAAGAAUUUGUUCCACCAUCUAUAAUUCCGCCGUCUCAUUAUGUCGAAUGGAUUGAUUUGUCAGACUUUAAUGAAUAUAGGUCGAAAAUAGCACAUCCUUAUAAAAUACAUAAAAAGAAUAAAAAGUCCAUAAAAGGAGGAAUAGGAUCAAAGAAAGAAGAUAGUACUGGUGAUGGAAAGGUAUUUCUUGAACCUAAAUUUGCUUUGGAAGAUCCAGACACAUUUAAUGCUGUACUACCUUGGUCCCAAUUUGAGAAUGCUGCAGUGCCAGACAAAGACAUAAGUCCGAGACCACGCGCUUCCGCUAAGCUCUUGCAAGAAAAGCUUACACAUUACUUAGAUAUUGCCGAGGUAGAAUUAGCAAGACAAAUAUCUUUAAAAUCUGAGGAUUUUUUCAACGCUAUGUCAUCACAAGACGAUGUGGUCGAUCGAGUCGCCUAUACAUGUGCUGAAAUUCGAAUUCUUAGGGAAAAAUUAAUGAUAAUAAAUGAAAUUUUAUGCAAAAGCUGCUUGGAAGUAUUAAAAUUGAAAUGUUGUCGAGCAAGAUCGGCAACUGUGUUCCAUAAGUUAAAAUUGAUGGGUGCCGUUCAUCAAACGCAACCAAUGAUUCAAGUAAUGCUUUCCUCUUCGGAUUAUGUUGGUGCUUUAGACUUAAUAGCGACAACUCAAGACGUUUUACAACAAGAGCUUUCAGGAAUACAGAGUUUCAGACAUUUGGGUUCUCAGCUAACUGAAAUGGAAAAAGUAAUCGUCAAAAUGAUGGAAGCUAACUUUGUAGAGUUGAUUGCAAAAGAAUUAAAUAAACCAAUUGAAAAGAAUUCUGAGCCAACAAUAGUUGAUGAUGAGGAUCGAUUAUUGUCGGUAUUAUUUGGACUAUUGCGACAGAAAAAGCUUAAUUUCUUAAAUACAUUUAGAGAAGAAUCGUUUAAUGCUAUUAAAGCUACCGUUAAGCAGAAAAUAAUAGAAAUCUUGACUACUAUCCUAGGUAAUAGCGAUCUAAAAUUGAAUAAUUUAACAGAACAUGUCCGGCAACUUAACUUUCCGCAAUGGAUAGACAUGCUGCAACAUAUCUUUAGCAAUAUAUUGAUUAUUUUACAUAGAAUUAAGAGUCUACAUGAUUUAGUUAUGGAGAUUGCUGGUACCGCCAAUAAAUCAAAAUCUAAGGAUUGUGAUCAUGAUACCGGAAAUACUGAUUCCCAUGAGUCUGAUCGAGAAAGUAUCGAAGGAAAGACAUCUAAUAUCUCCGAAAAGUUUCUAUAUGGUAAAUUUAUUAAUACUAGUUGUUUUUCCGUCGUUCUAAUCAGUGAUACUGAAUCGGUCGUAAAUGAUAUCGAUCAUGAGAAAAUUAUCAACGAUAGUAAGGAAUUGUUAUGUGCCGCAUGCGAAUUAUCACAUGUUCGCUUAGCUAAGCUACUCGGAAUAAGGGCAAAAGAUGACUGCCUAGAAAGAUUAACUUCAUCGGAUUUUAUGGUGCUGAUUCGUUCUAUUCACCAAUUCAUUGCCGAAACGGAGGGUAUCUGCGGUCGUCAAAUGCAUAGCCUUAGCGGCACCUUGAUGGCUCAAGCUAGGAAAUUUGUAGAAAAAUUUCAUGAUGAACGCAGAACAAAGAUAAGUUUAAUCCUUGAUAAUGAGCAAUGGAAGCAAGCGGAUGUUCCGCCUGAAUUUCAAGCUCUUGUAGAUGAACUCGAUAAGGAUGGUAUUGCAGGAGCAAUUCAGAAAAUAUCUCGACAAAAUGUUUCUACUCCGUCUGAUUCUCCAUUGAAAGUUCUUGUCAUUAAAGGAGAAAAAUAUGCUGUAAUUGGGACACUCCUUAUACUAUUAAAAAUGGCAAUUGAAUAUUGCGAGUGCAUUAAUGACGUCCCUAUGCUAACCUUGGAUAUGAUUAAUAAAGUUGCCGAAAUUCUUAAGUUAUUUAAUUCUAGAACAUGCCAAUUGGUACUAGGAGCUGGCGCUUUGCAAGUCGUUGGAUUAAGAACAAUUACUUCUAAGCAUUUAGCUUUAGCUUACCGGUGCUUACAAGUUAUGACGAUAUAUAUUCCGCAAAUUAAAACCUAUUUUCAAUCUAUGUUGCCUCCAAAGAAGCAUAUUCUUUUAACAAAGUUCGAUCAUUUACUCCAGGAUUAUCAGAAUCACUGCCAAGAAAUUGAUUCUAAGUUAAUUUCAAUAAUGGACACAGUAUUUUUUACUCAGUUAGGCAAAUGGGAAGUAAAAGCACCGACGCCAUCGCAGUGUUUUCGUGGUAUGAUUAAGCAAGUAGCAAAGUUACAUGAUGCUUUAUCGGAUCUUCUACCUAAAGAACACGUUAAGGAUUUAUUUGACGAAAUUAUGAACUGCUUCAUAUCUCGUCUAAAAGUUCGUUUAACGAAUCAUGAAAUAUCAGAUGAUGGUGGCUCUCAACACGGUUUGGUUACAUCGGAGCUGCUAUUUUUUGUGAAUAGUCUGCAAGGUUUUGAUGGUCUCUCUAAUAUUAAUGAAAAAAUUAAUAAUGUUUGGAAAGAAAUGCAACCAAAAAAUUAG